AACGGGGCCACUCAGAAGCUGACUGCUGAAUCACAACCUAUCCCAUUGUCUUCCUCUGCGCGCAUCGCUGCAGAACCCGCCCGCAUCGCCUAUACCGUUCUGCGAAGCCAUGAGGGGAUGGCCACAGUGACUGAGAGUCCGCAGAGAGCUCCUCUGCCUGCUAACGGUCAUGCCGAUCUGAUUCCGAAUCGCAUUGUACCUAUCCCAACCCCGACCCCGACCAUCCAAAUGUCUGCUCCAUCUCCCGGCGAGCCUAUGGAGAUCACUUCCUCCAACAACGCCAGCACGACCUCUCCUUCGAGCAAGCACAACGAUACGGAUGCCAACGGCGCAUCCAAGCACACCUCGCCUACAGAUCAAUCUGCGAACAACUCGAUCGCCAUGCCCGCCGCGCCCGCAGCUGCGGCCGCGGCUGUGCACCAGCCAAAGAUUGUGCAGACAGCUUUCAUACAUAAGCUGUACAGCAUGCUGGAGGACCCAAGCAUACAGCAUCUGAUAUCAUGGUCAGCGAGUGCUGAAAGCUUCGUUAUGUCACCGUCCGCGGACUUUUCCAAGGUUCUAGCACAAUAUUUCAAACACACCAACAUAUCAUCUUUCGUCAGACAAUUGAACAUGUACGGGUUUCAUAAAGGUUCGAUAGCAUCUCCUUUGACCACAAAAUGUCCAAUGCUAAUUGAGGCAACAGUGAGCGACGUUUUCCACACGACAAAUCCCGAGACCGCUUUGUGGGAAUUCAAACAUGGAAACGGCAAUUUCAAGCGAGGCGACCUGGUUGGACUCCGUGAAAUCAAACGGCGAGCUUCACGUCAUGCUCUUGUUCACCGGGAGUAUCCCAACUCAAAGCCCAGCCCUUCGCAGCCCGGAACGCCUUCGGAACCGAUGCCUCCCCCGAGCGAUGGCUCCGAAAUGCGUAUGCCUGGGCUCGAGCAUACGCUGUACGACCUGAGCAUGCGACUGCAGAGAAGUGAAGAGAAUGCCCACUACAUGCAUAUUAAGCAGCAAGCGGUGAUGGAAACAAUGUCACGGCUCCUCCAAUUCAACCAAGAGUUGUCUAGGACGGUGCUCAGUCUCGUCCCUAGUCCCGACAACCCAGUGCACCGGGAUGUUCUCAAUUUGCAAUCGGAAAUGGCAAGACAGGCCGAGAUGCUUCGAACUAUUGAUGAUCCCCAGGAAUCGCCAUUCUCAAGCAGCCGAGCAUACUUCACCAACGUGGAGAAUGCACCGGUUUCGCCGCGGCAGUUACCCCAGGAUGACCCAAGACGAAACGCGAAUCUUGCUGUUCCCCAGCCCAGAGGGCAGAAUUUCUACCGGCCUCCUGUGCCUUCGAAUCUCUCGAUCAGCACGCGAAGACCCUAUGGCUCGAUUGGUGGUGGUUCGGUUGGCGGUGGUUCAGUGCCACAGGCCUCAUCUCCCUUGCGGGGGGCGCCGCCUCCGCCUCCUCCGGGGCCGCAUCCCUUGGCUCAGGUGGAGCCGCCUCCUGGAAGUCUAGCAAGACGUCACACAUCGGCUGAUAUACGGGCACACGGGUGGCAGCCCAGUGCCCCGCCGCCGUUUGCUUCAGGGCCUCCAUCAGGACCGCCUUCCGGACCUUGGCCAUCUUCGCCCAGCCGACUCGCGCCGGAUGACCAGCGCCUAAGGGAGUCGCUGUCCACCUACUCACUGCAAAACGCGACCCAAGUACGGCCUCUAUCGCGACCGACCACACCUCCUGGCGCACCCUUCUCGAAUGGUGGUGGUGGGGAUACCUUUGGCAACUGGUCGUGGAACUCGGCCAACCGGGACAACAAGAAUUUAGCCAUCAGAGAUCAUUCAGGACCACCCACGCGUCGCGGAAGUAUGGCGCAUAUCCUCAACCCGACUGACACGGCUGAACGAGACGACGAGGAUGAGGAUCCCCGAGGCGACGAUGAUCGGAAGCGCAAGCGUAUGCAGUGA